AUGGCUGGCGGUGGUAAAGGAAAGACCGGAGGCAAGACAGGAGGAAAGGGCGACUCAAAUGUCAAGACACCCAAGUCGCACUCCGCCAAAGCCGGCCUUCAAUUCCCCUGCGGUCGCAUAAAGCGUCAUCUCCGAAACCUCACGCGACAAAAGACGCGCAUCGGUGCCAAAGCCAGCAUCUAUCUAACAGCCGUUCUCGAAUACCUGACUGCUGAAGUACUGGAGCUUGCAGGCAAUGCUGCCAAGGAUCUCAAGGUGAAGCGUAUCACGCCACGUCAUCUACAACUCGCCAUCCGCGGCGACGAAGAACUCGAUACGCUUAUCCGUGCUACGAUUGCUUUCGGAGGUGUUCUGCCACAUAUCAACCGUGCGCUAUUGCUCAAGGUAGAGCAGAAGAAGAAGGGGGGUGCUGCCAAGGUCGAAGCAUAG